AUUUUUGAAACCUUGGAGAAUGAGCCUAUAAGUCUUGAAGAAAUGGCCUUCAAAUUUGCUGUCACCAAUAUAAACAGAAACAGGACAUUAAUGCCAAAUACCACAUUAACCUAUGACAUCCAGAGAAUUAACCUCUUUGAUAGUUUUGAAGCAUCAAGAAGAGCUUGUGACCAGCUUGCUCUUGGUGUAGCUGCUGUGUUUGGUCCAUCUCACAGCUCAUCUGUAAGUGCAGUGCAGUCUAUCUGUAAUGCAUUAGAAGUACCUCAUAUCCAGACCCGGUGGAAACAUCCUGCAGUGGAUAACAAAGACACAUUUUACAUCAAUCUCUACCCAGAUUAUGUUUCCAUCAGCAGAGCUAUUUUGGACAUUGUGCAAUAUUACAAAUGGAAAACAGUUACAGUGGUAUAUGAAGACAGCACAGGGUUAAUUCGCCUGCAGGAGCUUAUCAAAGCACCAUCCAGAUAUAAUAUCAAAAUUAAAAUCCGGCAACUCCCCACAGUGAGUAAGGAUGCCAGACCUCUAUUGAAAGAGAUGAAGAAGGGCAAGGAGUUCUUUGUAAUAUUCGACUGCACACACCAAACAACUGCAGAGGUUCUUAAGCAGAUCCUUUCCAUGGGGAUGAUGACUGAAUACUAUCACUACUUUUUUACCACACUGGACCUGUUUGCUUUGGAUCUUGAACCCUACCGAUACAGUGGAGUCAACAUUACUGGAUUUCGACUUCUCAACAUCGACAAUGCGCAUGUGGCUUCAGUUGUAGAUAAAUGGUCGAUGGAACGUCUCCAAGCACCUCCCAAACCUGAAACUGGCUUAUUAGACGGCAUUAUGACAACAGAAGCUGCCCUAAUGUAUGACGCUGUGUACAUGGUAGCUAUGGCUUCACAGCGUUCCUCCCAAAUGACAGUCAGCUCUUUGCAGUGUCAUAGACACAAACCUUGGCGCUUCGGACCAAGAUUCAUGAACCUAUUUAGAGAGGCACAGUGGGAUGGAUUGACCGGACAUAUCACCAUUAAUAAAUCAGACGGUCUGAGGAAAGAUUUUGAUUUGGAAAUAAUCAGUCUUAAUGAAGAAGGGAUGGAAAAGAUUGGAAUUUGGAAUUCAAAUGGUGGCCUUAACCUGACUGAUAGCAACAAAGAGAAAACAGCUAAUGUUACAGACUCGAUGGCAAAUAGAACACUUAUUGUAACUACUAUUCUGGAAGACCCAUAUGUAAUGUAUAAGAAAUCAGACAAACCAUUGUAUGGAAAUGACCGAUUUGAGGGAUACUGUCUGGAUUUGUUGAAGGAGCUUUCGAACAUUCUUGGUUUUACUUAUGAGGUGAAUCUUGUAUCAGAUGGUAAAUAUGGAGCCCAGAACGACAAGGGUGAAUGGAAUGGAAUGGUCAGAGAACUUAUAGAUCACAAAGCUGACCUGGCUGUGGCUCCUUUAACCAUAACCUAUGUGAGGGAGAAGAUGAUUGACUUUUCCAAGCCUUUCUUGACCCUGGGGAUCAGUAUUUUGUACCGAAAACCAAAUGGCACAAACCCUGGUGUAUUCUCCUUCUUAAAUCCUCUCUCUCCUGAUAUCUGGAUGUAUGUUCUACUGGCCUGCCUUGGUGUCAGCUGUGUGCUGUUUGUCAUAGCAAGGUUUACACCUUAUGAGUGGUAUAACCCCCACCCAUGCAACCCUGACUCGGACGUGGUGGAAAACAAUUUUACUUUGCUAAAUAGUUUCUGGUUUGGAGUUGGAGCUCUCAUGCAGCAAGGAACAGAACUGAUGCCCAAAGCACUUUCCACAAGAAUAGUUGGUGGAAUCUGGUGGUUUUUUACUUUAAUAAUCAUAUCAUCCUACACUGCUAACCUGGCUGCCUUCUUGACUGUUGAGAGAAUGGAUUCACCAAUUGAUUCUGCAGACGAUCUAGCCAAACAAACUAAAAUUGAAUAUGGGGCUGUCAGAGACGGAUCAACCAUGACAUUUUUUAAGAAAUCGAAAAUUUCUACGUUUGAAAAAAUGUGGGCCUUUAUGAGUAGCAGACAACAGACGGCCUUGGUAAAGAAUAAUGAUGAAGGAAUUCAACGAGUACUGACUACUGACUAUGCGCUGCUGAUGGAGUCUACCAGCCUCGAGUUUGUCACUCAGAGAAACUGCAACCUUACACAGAUUGGAGGGCUCAUUGACUCAAAGGGUUAUGGAGUUGGGACACCCAUUGGUUCCCCUUACAGGGAUAAAGUCACUAUUGCAAUCCUACAGUUACAAGAGGAAGGCAAAUUGCAUAUGAUGAAGGAGAAAUGGUGGCGUGGUAAUGGUUGCCCUGAAGAAGACAGCAAAGAAGCAAGUGCUUUGGGAGUGGAAAACAUUGGAGGGAUUUUUAUUGUACUUGCAGCAGGACUUGUGCUUUCUGUCUUUGUAGCCAUUGGAGAGUUUAUAUAUAAAUCCAGGAAAAAUAAUGACAUAGAACAGAUUGCAGUGCAAGCAAACACAUCCCUCCAAUUCCACCUCUGGAACACUUAUCAACGGAGUUAGAGUGUGGGAAGCUAAUCUGGGAAGAACUGGGGAUGGGAACUCGGCAAUCAAUUCACAUUGUGUAGUCAUAAAAGUGUGAGGUGUGUCUGUCUACACCCUGCAGACGGGUUAUACGUUGUAUCAAGACAAGGGUUGAGGACCUGCAAAGUAGAUGAUAUGUAGUUGAUAUUACAAUAAAAACGCAAGCCUCACAUAGGAGUAACACAAUAUUUUUUGAUUCUGGUUUUGUUACAAACGAUGCUAGUCUGUGGUCAGGCUUCCAUACAGUAACCAUUUUGUAUGUCAACCUCCUUUGCUCUGUUUAUAUUAUAUUCUAAAUCAGUUAUAAUUCUAAUGGUUCCAAAUAUAUAGGUAAGGUUACUUAACUGGUAUUAACUGGUGAA